UCUGCAGCUAGCCCUUUAACGACAUCUUUUCUACCUUCAUCCAUACAGUCAGACCUCAGAGUUCAGAUCGCGGGUGGGGUAGUUGGGGGUAUAGCUAGCCUUCGUGAUUGUAUUUAUAGAUUCAGAACUACGACAUUGAAAAUACUGGUGAGUCACUAACAAAAUCAUUGUCAUCUGAGCUCACAUUGAACUUGGAACCAUACAAAUCUGCGGCCCGUUUUGGAGAUGUUUUCGAAAGUACUGGUUUUGCUAUGAUCGGAAGGAAUACAGCAUGCAGGUAGUUGGACAAUUGAAAUAGCGUCUUGGAAUUCGAUUGGGGCCAAUCCUCCUGAUGACCUUGCCGCAUCGAACCAAGGAGACGACGCCGUAGAAGUUCUCCACUAUCUGAUGGAUUUCUUGACGAUGGUAGAGACGGGGAUACUAGCAGGCCUUGCGCCGCGAAGAUCCAUUCGCGACUCGGCAGGAUCGUUCUGCCGGUACCUAUCCAUUUGUUCGUGUGUUCAAGGUGCUGUAUCAGGUGCUCUCAUAUAUUCGGAUCAAUCAUUAAUCGAUGGUCAAAAGAGAGAGAAGGUUCAACAAGAUUUAUACCCGCAAUAUUGAAUUUGACAAUGGCAUUUUAGCUUCCCCAGUUUUUGAUUCUGUAUCAUGCGACGCUUUGGCCCAAUAAUAUAUACCCUCGUAUCUACAUGCUUGACUUCUACAGCAUUUCAGAUCUCCCCACCUAUCCCUUCUCAUCCAUCCGAGUCGAGUUUUCAGAAACUUCAGAUCGCGGGCCCUGAUCCCGGUCAGUCCGAGUCACUUCCACUGGACGAGGAUAGGGAACAUCAGGAGAACGAAUACUUUACCUUGACUUUCUCUAACUCAUUGUCAUUUCUAGCUGCGACAGUCGAGAACAACGACCUGAGCACAACAUCACUUGAACGUACUGUCUUGGACUCGAGAGGCGGGACCGGUGUGGCCGGUGAGAUUACCAGUGUGUCUGGUAAUAUUGGCGAUGGCGUUACCCCGGAGAGCCUCAUUGGCAUUGGUGAUGUUAACGCCACGCGUCAGUCGCCCAAUAGUAUUGGUGAUAUUAACGCCACGAAUCAGUCGCCCAAUGGUAUGAAUCAGUCGCCCAAUGGCAUUGGUAACACUACGGUGUCCGGCGUCCAAUAUCAGUCGCAUGUGUCCAGUAAUAUUGGUCAUGACACUACUGUGCCUCCGACGCUCACCUCGACAGUUAUUUUUACCACCCUGGCCCAGUCACAGUCAGAGAAAUCACGACCUCGCACCGGUCUCAUUGCCGGUUGCGUAGCGGGUGGCGUGCUUGUCGUGCUUGUAGUCACCACCUUUGCCUUGUGUAUUUUGAGGCGAAGGAACAAAAAGCUGAAAUAUAACCUUGGUCCAACCCCGUAUUUGGAUAUGACGCCAUCUUCCGGUUCCGAUACACCUUACAUGGAUAGCAAAAUUCAGAUGCUCUGUCAAAGGGAACGCCUUGAACGCGAGUUAGAGGCUUAUGAGCAAGCGUCGCAAGAGUCGAAUUCGAGAAAUGAGGACGGUCCCGAUGGUAUCAAUGGAUCAAAUCAGCAAGAUGAUGUUGUACAAGUAACUCGUCGUCAGAUGGAAGUUUUAACUCGGAGAAUAGCGGCUUUGGAGGCAGUCACGAUGGCACCUCCUGAUUACAGCUCCCAUACGAGCCAGUGAUUACUGUAACUCUCACCAUUAACUAUAAAAGAUAUCAUAUCGUCGAUAUGUACUCGUAUGGUUUAACAUUUGUGCAGCGUUCUCAAUGUUAAC